AGAGUGGUCAUUUGAGGAAUUCAAUUAUUUCAAUUUUUUUUCCCUUGAAACUCUUUUAAAUAAGCAGCAAUUGUUGGUGCCUAAAUUUUCUCCUUAAAUCUCAAAUCACAAAAACACCUAUUCUCCUGAGUACUAAAGAAAAGGAAUCUUAAUUUUAGAGUAACUGUAACAAAAUUCAGCAAAUAUGGAAGCCAACAGGGGCCAGAACGGUAUUCAACAGCUGCUAGCUGCGGAACAAGAUGCUCAGCACAUUGUCAAUGCUGCAAGAAAUGCAAAAAUGGCUAGACUGAAACAGGCCAAGGAAGAGGCAGAGAAAGAGAUUGCUGAAUAUCGUGCUCAAGUAGAGUAUGAGUUCAAGAAGAAGGUGGCGGAGAGUAGCGGAUACUCGGGGGCUAAUGUGAAGCGGCUCGAGACUGAAACAGAUGCAAAGAUCAAUCACUUGAAAAACGAAGCUGCAAGGAUAUCUCAUGAUGUUGUACAGAUGCUUUUGAAGAAUGUGACAACUGUGAGGAACUAGGGGGUCUUCCAUGAAGACUGAUGGUUUAAUUUUCUACAACAUUCUAUCAAUUCCCAAAACUCAGAGCUCAUGCUUAGGAACAAUUUUAUGUCAUUAUUUUAUGAUUUGUUGUUAUUUUUGUUUGUGCCAUGUUCCUGUUCUGAAAUAAACUCCAAUGUGUGCCUUCUAGAAA